AUGGAGGCAGCGCAGCAGCUGCAGGCAGAGCAGCAGGACGAGCCGAGGGCAACGGUGCAGAGCGGGGGACACGAGCACGCAGGGUGCCACUUCUGCAGCCCGGACACCAGGGUGCUGCUGGGGAAGCUCCUCCAGCGCUGCGAGAAGCUCGAGGAGCAGGUGGAGUCCCUGGCCCAGAAGGCGGGCGGCAAGGUGGACAAUUAUCCAAAGUGGAGGAGACAGUCCCUGCAGCAGGACGAGCAGAUCAAGUGCCUCCAGGCCAGCAUCAUGCAGCUCCAAAAGGACUAUGAGAAGUUCAGCUCGGCCCUUGCAAACCUCCAGCAGGAUCGCCAGCAGGAGCAGAAUGACAUCAAGGCUCUGUCCCAGGCCCUGGAGAGAAUCAAGAAGCAGAAAGCAGACAAGGAGGAGCUGCUGGUGCUGGGAAUCGAUGAGAAAGCAGACAAAGACAAAGUCAGUCGCAGCCAGUUUGAGGCGUGCGUGGAGCAGCUGAACAAGGUGAUGGAGGAGGUGACGGUCCAGGAGAAGUUCUUGCACCGGUUCCAGCAAGAGCUCCAGAGGCAGAUGGACUGCAAGCUGGACCGCCGGGAGCUGGGGGCAUUCCAGCAGCAGCAGGAGGAGCGGUGGAAGAGCCUCAGCGGGCAGCUCCAGGAGAAGGCGCUGAAGCCAGAGCGUGACAGUGCCGCUGGGAUUAGGAAGCAGCUGCUGCCUGGUUUCCAUUGCCUGUCCUGUGACCGGCCCCUCAACAUGCUGGCGUCUGGACCGUGAGUAACU